AUGGCGGGGCGUGAAUCGGGACGUAUUCGGGAGGCGGAAAAGAAGCGAACUUUAGACGAUGCCGCGCGGAAGCGACGUGCACGGAAGGCGCUGGAAGCACUCGAGCAGGACAACUACCAUGAGGAUCCGCACGCCGAUCUGGUGAUGUCGAAGAAGGUGCCAAAAUUCUACGACAAUCUCGAUGGCAGUGCUCCGAGCAAAAAGAAAAACCGACGCACCAAAGGUGCCGAGUACUAUAGGGCAAAGUACCGGAAAACGUUCCCGCAGCUGCUCGAGGAGGACAAGCUACAGCGACCCGAUCCACCAAACUAUUUCAGUGCUGCGGCACCUCCCUCUCGCCUACCGGAGCGACACUUUUGUGCGGUUUGUGGAUUUCCUUCCAGCUACACGUGCACCGCUUGCGGCACCCGCUACUGUUGCGUUCGGUGUUUAGGAACUCAUCAGGAUACUCGUUGUCUCAAGUGGACGGCUUAGGGGUGGCUAAGAACAUGUAUUACUUUACUUAAUAAACUCUCUCUGUUUUAAUCAAA